AACUUGGGAGAAGGUUAAGACUUAAGACCAUGUUUGGCUAUGGACUAUGGACCCCACUCAGCUUAGGAAGUGUCAUCCAUUGAUUCGGAGUCAAUGUGUUUGUCCCCCCAUUCCCAAACGCGCUGGGAUGGAUCUUCGUUGGCUCCUCUUUACCUUUAAAAAACUCCUUUUUUUUCCCCUUUCCCUUUUACUCCCACCAUUUUCUAUGAUGUAAUUAUGCUAUAAAAUUCUGCUUUUUCUCCUCUUUCUUUACUCACUGUUUUUUUUUUAUUGGAAACCACAAAAACAGGCUUUAGAUUCCAACAAACAUGGCACGAACAAAUGUGCUGAAGUUUGGGAAUUGGGAUACCCAAGAAAAUGUCCCUUACACAACCUACUUUGAAAAUGCAAGGGUUUCAUCAAGGGAUAAGGUGAAGUCAACGAGUUCUUCACGUAAUCCUGAUUUGGAGACACGAAAAGGAUCAGAGGCUGUGAGAGCAAAACAUGAAAAUAUGGAAGAGGGCGAACUACAAAGGUCAUAUGAUUCCCAAGCACGCCUUGAUGCUGGGAGAAAAGCUUCUAUUAAUUCAUCUCAUUAUCGAUAUGCAGGAGUCAUCAGUGAUACGCCCAAAAGGGCUGCAAGAGCAGAUAGGGGAGGUUUUCGGAGUGCUGACCACUCUCCGUUGCAUCCACAUUACCAAGCAAAGAUCAGCGCCAAAGGAGGCGCGGUUUCUUCUCUUGAAGAAGAGGGUGAACUGCAGAGAUCAUAUGAUUCUCCAUUACGUCUUGAUGCAGGGCGUAAAGCUUCUAUCAAUUCAUCUCAUUAUCGACCUGCUGGAGUAAGCAGUGCUAUGCCCAAAAGGGCUGCAGGAGGAAAUGGAGGAGGUUUUCGGAGUGCUGACCACUCUCCAUUGCACCCACAUUACCAAGCAAAGAUUGUUGCCAAAGGAGGUGCAGUUUCUUCUCCUUCACGAGAGAGGAAGGGUUCUUCGGAAGGAAUUCAUGGUUUGGCCCCGUCCACUCCUGGAAGAUCCCGUCUGAGACCAGUUCCUCGAGGCAAUGAAACUCCUGAUCGAGGUGCUUCUGUUCCAAAAUUUGGAGAAUGGGAUGAUAUGGACCCAACAUCAGCAGAUGGGUUCACACACAUUUUCGACAAAGUUAAAGAAGAGAGGCACGGCAGUCUAGGAAAUACAUCUGGUACAGCAACUCGUACUGUACAUUCUGAUCGUAAGAAGCAUCAUAGAAGUAAAAAUUCAAAGGGGUGCUGGUGCCUACCUUGGUAGAAAACCGAAGCAUGCUGCUCACACACACACACACAUAUAUAUAUAUAUAUGUAUGUAAUCGUUCGUGAAAAUAUAAGUGAUGCACCUGGGGUGAUUGUCUGUUGUAGAUCUUGGAUUCUUUUUCAGUCCAUUCUUUCUCCUGUAAAAUUUGAUCACAUAUAAGAGUCUUAGUGGCUAAGGUAGGAGCAUAAUGUAUUCUAAGCAUUGAAUUGAUUUCUAUUUUAAUUAUUUAUACUCAUUGUACUCUACCGUAAGCAGCCAUAUACAUUAUUGUGGUUACGACUUGCGACUGAGCAAUGCUAAUACCUCACAUAUUCAUGUCUGUUGUGUUGUAACCUUAUAGACCAGUUUGCUGUUUAACUUUAUACAUUUGAUCUGCCUUUUUAUCUUCC